CAGCUCCGGUUAGCUCGCGGUAGCUGCACGUAUCGGGUCGUUUCUCCGGUGAAGGGUUCGGCUGUUAAAGCUCAUUUCGAUAUUUAAAUCGGGUGAGCAUAACGUCGUUGCAGCACACCCGCAGAACAAAUCCCGUCUCCGACAUUGCUGCCGCUCCACCCGGCGGGCGGGGGGAGUUGGCUAAUGCUAGCUGGAGCUGCACAGCAACCGACCGUUAGCUACAGUUGUGUGACGACGUUUCGGUUUUCGUCGGUGGUCCUCGUCCACGUUACAGCAGUGGCCUCAGUCGCGGAGCAGGCUUUAGAGUUCACGCCUGCGAUGGGCGCCUUGAGGUGUGUCGUUCGACGAGCAACAUUGCACCGGGCAGUAGAGGCAUGGAGGACACCUGAGGGCGGUCGGACACGUCGGAUGGCUCAGUCGACCUCCAGGAGCCAGGCUGAUACCGCUGCAUGCAUUUGGCCGUAGACCAGUGCUUGGAGUCAGUCCAGCCGUACACACUUAUGUCUCCUGUGGAAACCUGCGCUCUGAAGCGUGGCCCUUUGGCAGGAAUGCUGUGCUGCACGGCCUUGAAGCAGGACUGGCUGCCUCUGCCAUAGGCUCUAUGGUGUUAUAUUCAUAGCGAAGCAGAGAAUAGUAACAUUUUAGAAUCACCAUUUUCCAAAUUUACGUUCAACUGCACUUUUCACAAAAUGCACAGCGUAGAGCACUAACUUGGCACUGGACCCAACACUUUUUUUGCACCUGUUUGCGAGAGAGACCCUUUUCAGAGAGCCCUAAUGUUUACAAUUUGGGAUUGAUACCCCACCCCCAACUCUCAGGCCUGAUUAUUCUUUCGCCCAUGUUCAGUAUUUUGUACGUCAUCUGUAUUGCGUCUUGUGGAAUUAAAUCACUCUGCUCAGUGAUUUAAUGGUCACCAGUGGAUUACUCCCCUGCAGCAUUCAUAGCUGUUGGUGAACAAUUUGCACAAGAGGCUUCAGUUUUUUGCUGGCGAACUAUCAGUCAUGAGUACCGGCGAGCUGCAACAUCUUGACUAUCUAAAUGAAAAUGAACUGAUGGAGAUGGAUACUUUCAUUCAUCGCAUUGACUCUACAGAGGUGAUCUACCAGCCAAGGAGGAAGAGGGCAAAGCUGAUAGGAAAGUACUUGAUGGGAGAUCUGCUAGGUGAGGGAUCUUAUGGCAAAGUGAAAGAGAUGCUGGACUCGGAUACCCUUUGUCGCAGGGCUGUCAAAAUACUGAAGAAGAAGAAGCUGAGGCGGAUUCCCAAUGGAGAAGCCAAUGUGAAAAAGGAGAUUCAACUACUAAGAAGACUCCAACACAAGAAUGUGAUUCAGCUGGUGGAUGUGCUCUACAAUGAAGAGAAGCAGAAAAUGUAUAUGGUGAUGGAGUAUUGCAUUUGUGGUAUGCAAGAAAUGCUGGACAGCGUCCCAGAAAAAAGGUUUCCAGUAUUUCAAUCUCACGGGUACUUUUGCCAACUCUUAGAUGGCCUUGAAUAUUUGCACAGCCAGGGAAUAGUUCACAAAGACAUUAAACCAGGAAAUCUGCUGCUGACCACUGACGGAGCACUUAAAAUCUCCGACCUGGGAGUAGCAGAGGCCCUCCACCCAUUUGCAGACGAUGACACGUGUCGCACCAGUCAGGGCUCACCGGCCUUCCAGCCUCCAGAGAUUGCAAAUGGACUGGACACCUUUUCAGGGUUUAAAGUGGACAUUUGGUCUGCGGGAGUAACACUAUACAACAUCACAACCAGUCUGUACCCGUUUGAGGGAGACAACAUCUAUAAGCUAUUUGAGAACAUUGGAAAAGGAGACUUCACUAUUCCUGAGGAGUGUGGACCCCUCCUGUCGGACCUGCUGCAAGGAAUGCUCGAGUACGACCCUGCGAAGAGGUUUUCCAUACAGAACAUAAGGCAACACAACUGGGUGCGUAAGAAACACCCUCCGUCUGAGCCCCCUGUGCCCAUCCCUGCCAGCGCAGAGGGCAGGGACCCUUGGCGGAGCAUGACGGUGGUGCCCUACCUGGAGGAUCUCCACGGCUACACGGAGGAGGACGAUGACGAGCUCUACGAUGGAGAGGACGAGAUCAUCUACACUCAGGACUUCACAGUGCCAGGACAAGUCGUCGAAGAAGAUCUGGAUCAGGGGCACGAAGACCAGUGUCCAGCUCUAGCCAAGACAGUUUGUGUGAACGGGACGGAGGGCAGCAAGGCCAAAACCGAACGCCGCUCCUCCUCUUCGUCCAACCCCUCGCGUAAAGGAGUCUCCACAGCCAGCAAGAUCCGCAAGCUCUCCACCUGCAAACAGCAAUGACCCCCCCUCCUCCCCCAGCAACAACCCGCCUGGUUGGUCCCCGUCCUUCUGUGUCCGGAGUCCUCACAGUGGUGAGAGAAACCUGCUGACGUUAAAGCCCCCAUGCCUCCUUGGACCACUGGCCUGCAGAGUCUUUAGAAGAUGCGGUAUGAGUGACGGGGAGGAGGAGGACAGCAUGAAAUGUUCUUUUCGCUCUGAGACUGAGGCGCUGGCUGUGAAGAGGUUUUUGUUGUUUUUAUUUCUCUCAUAUUUUGGCUCCUUUCAACUCUUGUCAUCCACCCCUGUCAUCUCGUCAUUCCUCCAUCCUGUCUUACUCUUAGGAAGGUCAAGUGUUGCACCAGACGUUACAAACACCAUCACCCCUGUACCCCACCCAUCCAAACCCUCUACCCCACCUUCUGUUUCUAUUACUACAUUUGUUUUGACAGAACCCUAAUGGCAGUUUUUAAGACGCAUUGUGAAGUGUAAAAAAAUUAAAGAAAAAAAAAGAUAACAAAAGUUAUGAAUAAUUCUAUAUUUAAAUCUAUAAUGAGAAUAAUUAUAAUAGUACUCUACUACCACGAACAUUAAGAAAACUGCAUGCUGUACAGAGCUGUGAGAAAGGGAAAGAGCUUCUUUUGUGGACUGACCACCUGAAGCUUUGAGAUCCACCUGCUGACCUGUUGGGGAUUUUUUGUUUUACCUUUUAGGUUCUGUUUUUUUCUCUUUUCCAAUGAAUAUUUUUUAAUUAUUAUUUAUAUAAAAUAUGUCCCAAACAGGC